AUGAGUUCUUUAGGGAGUCCCAGUUAUUAUUCUCCACAUUCUCCUGACCAACUUGAUGGUACAUCCGGAUCCCCCCGCAACGGCAAUAGCCAUCGAAAAAGGGUUGGCAAAGCUUGUGAUCGAUGCCGCUUGAAGAAAAGCAAGUGCGAUGGUAGCAAUCCAUGCCGCCGAUGCAACCAGGCGGACCAGGUUUGCACUUUUACGGAACGUAAACGGCCAAAGGGCAGAGUUUAUCCCGACGGCUACGUCGAGAUAUUGGAGAGCAAAUGUCAAGUUCUCAUAGGAGGAUUGAUUGAAUUGAAUCGUCUCAGAAAGAAUCUUCCUCUUCCAAAAACCCAAGCUAUAACUGGUCUGGCCAGCGGCAAGCUCGCCAAUCAGAUAUUGAAGGAGAUAGGGAUCAACACAACCCUUACGGAUAGUGAUCUUGAAGAUGGAGAUGAUGGACUGGAACACGGAUAUUGCCAUGACGACGAGGAAUUGGCGACUUCUACUACUGGCUCACCUGAACCCACGAGCGAUUGUUGGGAUAUGUUUUCUCAUCAACAUCAGGGACAUUCAAGAUCUCAGCAACCACAAUGGAGCCAAAAUCAUAUACGACCACGGGGACCGGAGAGUUAUUACCACCAAGUAAUGAGUUCUACUAUGACACCUCCUUUAACAGUACCGGGAACUACCGAUUACAACUUGACAGGUCGACCUAAUGCCGCUGAUGACCCCCCCUACUAUCAACAUCUCGGUCAGGAAUUACAAAUACCAAAUGAAACAAUCGGCACCAAUAUAAUUCCGCCGUCGCCUUCAACACUUUGUGAAUACAACUCAACACGUUCCGCUACCGGCACUACUACAUACACUCCGGGUCAACUAAUACCCCACUACUACAACAGCGAUAUGGAAGUAUUUGUUGAUUUAAACGGUCUUACGCCAACCUCUGAAGGACAGAAUUAUUGGUAA